UUUGCCACAAUAGUUUUGCGCUAGACACCGAUCGCGUUAGACAUAUUUAGUCGGAACAAGUUUGAGUGGCUCAAAAACGUCAAAUAUUUGUGCAGAGAAAAAUUCCCAAGGGAACAAUUUAAGUGUGUCUCUGAACAAAGACAAAUAACAAUACAAAAUCCGAAAAGGUGCAAAAAAGAAAAAAAAAGAAAAAGCAAGUAAAAAAAUGUCAACAGCUGAUACAAAUGCAAAAGGCAAAACAGAAUUAAAAGCCGCUAUUAGUAAUGCGGCAACAGAUGGUAGUGGCGCUGCCGCCGCCGCUGCUGCCGCACGUCAAGUGCCUGAGUGGCUUAAGGCGGACUUAUUUCUGGAUCUGCUCAAGAAAAAUGUACCCGAUUUUAAGGCAGUAAAAAGCUUCAACGCCAAACCAGCACAAAAUGCGGGCGAAAACUAUGCCACCCUAAUGGCAUUGGUGCAAAUGGAGGUGGAGCUAAGAACUGGCAAAACGAAACCCGUGUCGUAUAUGCUUAAGUUACCUAUAGAAUCGGUGCAAAAGCUAAUGCAAGGCAUCAAUAUAUUCUAUGUGGAGAGCACUAUGUAUCGCGAUGUCAUACCAGAACUGGAGAAAUUCUAUAGUGACGUUGGAGUUGACGUGAAAUUUACGCCACAAUUUUAUGAGCUGAAAACACCAUCCGAGUUCGGUGUGAUACUCAUGGAAGACUUGCGUGUGCGUGGAUUCAAAAAUGCCAAUCGUUUGGAGGGUUUCGACAUGGAGCAUACUAAGAAUGCUCUGAAGAAGUUAGCCCAAUGGCAUGCUGCAUCGGCGGUGCGUAUAGCGGUGAAGGGGAAGUAUCCGAAAAUUGUGAGCACUGGUAUUUUCACCGAGGAAUUCAUCAACAUGAUGAAAGCUAUGAACCAAUCAUCUACGCAAUUAUUCAAUGAAUGCGUACGCACAUAUAAGGGACAUGAGGUGUACAUUAAGAGUAUGGAGAGGGGCCAAGAAAAGGUGUUUGAAAAUUUCAUCGAAUUAAUUAAUCCCGAUCCGAACGAUUUUAACGUUUUAAACCAUGGCGAUUUCUGGGCCAACAAUAUUAUGUUCCAAUAUGAUGCUUUUGAAAAAAUCAAGGAGACUUAUUUCGUGGACUUUCAAUGCUCACGUUAUGGCUCACCAGUACACGAUUUGUAUAAUUUGCUAAUCGCUUCGACGAGUUAUGAGAUUAAGUUGAAAAACUUCGAUUACUUCAUCAAGUACUACCAUGACCAUUUGGUUGAGAAUUUAAAACUGCUAAAAUACACGAAAAAGUUUCCUGCCUUAAAGGACAUCCAUAUAGCUUUAUACAAAUAUGGGAUUUUCGGCUUAGCCGCUUGUUCCGGUCACAUGGCCAUUGUGUUGUUGGACCCAACUGAAAUGGCUACCAUUGAUAAUUUACUUGGCAAUACGCCAGACGGUGUCGAGUUCAAAAAGUUAAUGUAUACAAACGAACGGUAUCGCAAACACGCCGAAGAUGUUCUGCCAUGGCUAUAUUAUCGCGGUGCGUUUGAGUGAUAAGCCAAGUUGUGUGAUAACAAAAAUGCAAUGUACAUUCUAUUACAAGUAUAUACCGUUACCAUUGCCGUUAUAUUAUCAAACUAUAUAUAUGUAAUCAAUACCAGAGUACAAUAUUUCUAUUAUUAUGUGUUUUAUAAAAAUAUACAAUUAAUAAUUUGCAA